AUGCCCACCAUGACGAUCCCGUCCGCCAACAUGCGCAGGCUCAGGAGGCUCGCGGCCGAGGCAGCCGCCAGGUCCUCCUCCGGGGGCCACGCGCGGACCAACAUCCUCCGCGGCAGGAGUCCGCCGCACGUGCCACGGCGCGAGGAGCGCGCCGUCGCGAUGCCGGCGCCGGCGGACGCCUGCGACAGCGAGGCCCGCCCCCCCGGCGCAUCAGGCGCCAACAACAGGAGAGACGCCAGCCGCGGCGCAAGGGUCGGCGCGCGGGUGCUCGUCCGCGCGGCAACGGCGGCGCAGCCGGACGUCGUGCGCGCAGUGGUGGUCUCCGCCGCGGACGAGGACGGGUACCUCGAGGUCGUCUACGAGGGCGCGUCCCUGCCCGGCGAGGACCCCUUCGCCACGGUGCGCGUCGCGAGGGACCAGGUCAUCGCGGCAGACACGCCGCCGCCCGCGGUCCCCGCCGCGGCACAGGCCGGGACGAAGCCUCGUCCCCUCCCGGUGCUAGAGACAAGUGAUUUGAAGAUGCUAGCUACAGCGGCGGCGGCGGACAUCUAGUUUAUUUGGCGCAGCCAGCAUGCACGUAUGCACAAGUAGUGAAGUAGUAGCUGCUUGUAUUUGCACAUCGAAGUAGCCAUCUAGCAUUGCAAGUUUCCAGUACUAGUGUAUUAAUCUCACCAUCACCACCACCCCUCCACAGCACUCUGGAUUGUCUUAUUAACACUAAUGAAAUCUCCCAUCUAUAUUCCAUAUUCAUGUACUAUUAGUUAGCUACUCCUUGAUCCUGUCACAGCUUGUGCUGCUGGCUCAAGAAGCCCGCGGCCCCCAGCUGCAGAGUUGCUGGAUCCGCCGGCGCCACCUCCCACUCCGUUAGCCGCCGCCGAGGCCCGGACAGGAUCCCACCAGGCAGCUGUCGUGAGCACGCCGCCACGGGAGCCCGGCAUCAGCCUGCGUGUCUUCUCUCACCAUCGACCAGAUAAGUUGUCCAUCAGCUCUGAUCAGCACUAACCAGGAAAGAAAGCGGCCCAAGACCAGAUGCCGUCUCAUGUUCCCGGGAUCAUUUUUUCUCGUCGUCCCAUCGACCAGGAGUAAGGGUCACAACAAAUUACAUUACACCAACAGGUAGCCAACACAGCAGCACUACAAUUCAGAAUCCAUACCCAAGAGACAAGUCAGCGUCAGCUCGGAUGCGCCACCCAUGCCGGCCCGCGACAGCGCUGGCAGCCAGAUCCUCGCCCUGCUCUUGCUCCACCUUCCAGUGAUUUUGCUGCUCAAGCUCAACUCAUGCAGGAAUGGAGUUCUUCAUCAGUUCUGAAGAACGCCGCCAGAUGCCAACAGCCCAGGAGGUGAGCUGAGCAGGUGCCUGGUGCCAUCUGAUGGCCCUUGUGGUGGAGCUGAGACAGCUUUCUACCCAAGAGAAUCGGUCCCUACAUCUGUAUAGUUUGCAGCUGGAUUCCGAUCCUGCAGAAAUGUAA